AGCAAGCAACUGCUCCAUCUUCUUUCCCUUUCAUCCCUCCAAAUUGCCAAUCUAAUCAAACACUUAAGCCUAUAUCCACUAAUAAUCCCUAAUUACCACCACCCCUCCACUACCCACUUCCCCCACGACGCCGACGCCGACGAGGCAGCCAACCAACCGCCGGCGGCGGGGACGACCCGGCCCGCGAUCGCGACGCCGAGCAUUGCGGAGCCGAUCUGCGGCGGCGGCGGGUGUGGGGGGCUCGAGGAGCCGCUGGUCGGGAAGAGGAGGAGGAGGAAGAACGGCCGCCCUGACACAAUGGCAGAUGUCUUAGGAUGUUACACUAUAAAGUCCCAUGGAACCAAAGUGGCGAGACUUCACAUGUACGACUGGAUAAUACUUCUACUCCUUGCUGUUAUAGAUGGACUGUUGAACAUAAUUGAACCUUUUCACCGUUUCGUCGGGAGGGACAUGAUGACUGACUUGAGAUAUCCAUUGAAGGGCAAUACUGUUCCCUUCUGGGCUGUUCCGCUCAUUGGAAUUGUAUUGCCUUGUGCCAUCUUUGGUGGAAUUUACUUCAAAAAGAAGAAUUUCUAUGAUUUGCACCAUGGCAUACUGGGGAUCCUAUACUCUGUGCUUAUAACUGCGGUAAUCACAGAUGCAAUUAAGGAUGGUGUGGGUCGUCCACGCCCAGAUUUUUUCUGGCGCUGUUUCCCAGAUGGAAAGGAUGUUUAUGAUAAUGUCACUACUGGUGUCAUAUGCCAUGGAGAGAAGAGUGUCAUCAAAGAAGGUCACAAGAGCUUUCCAAGCGGGCACUCUUCAUGGUCUUUUGCUGGUCUAGGCUUCCUUGCAUGGUACUUAGCUGGGAAGAUCACAGUUUUUGAUCGUAGAGGUCAUGUUGCAAAGCUAUGCAUAGUAUUUCUGCCUCUUCUUACUGCUGCACUUGUGGCUGUUUCUCGAGUGGAUGACUACUGGCAUCACUGGCAGGAUGUAUUUGCAGGCUCUCUGAUAGGUCUUACAGUCGCAUCAUUUUGUUAUCUGCAAUUCUUCCCAUAUCCUUAUGACGCAGACGCUUUCUGGCCUCAUGCAUACACCUUCCAGCUAGCGGAGGCCUCGCGCAACAAUAACACCGCAAACUCCUACAGCGUGAGACCGACCGGGUUCGAGACUGUCAAUGUCCCAGAAGGGCAUGGUGGGAUUGCUCUGAGAGACACCAACCUAGAGGCCGGCAGGAGACCGUGAAAUCUGAGACCUGGACUGGAGAAAAUCUACCAAAUACCAUGACAAUAUCCUGACUUUACGAGUUCGAAUUUUGUCCACUCGACAGACGAUAUGGUAGGCUGUGUUCAUAUAUGUAUUACAGUUGUAUCUAGAUCUGCUGUUUCAUCACUUCUGAAUUGGUCUCUUGGCUUCCAUGGUUUUUGUUUUCUGCUAAUGGGAUGGCUAGCCCCAGAAGCAUUGGCUGUAAACAAUCUAGUAGACGCUCUAAAAUUACAUUGUACAUUAACUCUGCUUAUUUUGGGUUUGGUCAAGAUAGGGUUGUGGUCAUAAUUGUUAUGCUUAUGUAUGCUCUCUCUGCAUUACAGAUUCUGAGAAACGGUGUAAUGAAAUUUGGACUUCCUCGAUGUGAUGAACGUGAGAAUAACCCAAUUACAUUGAUAUA